AAAGACAUUUAUGAAUUCGAAACUGACACAGAUUCAACAAAUAGGAUCUUCUCACCAACACGGCAAUCAAAGGCGGGGCUUACCGGUCGAUGGUUUCUUCCGCGCAACUCCAAGACAGGCUCAAGAUAAAACAACUCCGGUUAUUUUUCUGCUUGACGCAUGGCGUGACAAGAUGAUAGCAGACCGGAUGUCAACGCUGUUCUGCAACUGUUGCAACUGGAGAGAUGUUUUGGGUGAUCAAGAAAGUGGUAGCUUUUUAGACCCGCCCUCCUCACAACACCCGAUACCGCCCCCCUUCAACGUUAACCACACCCCUUCUCAGUAUAAAAAACAACCGGGCAGACCGAUCGGAACAUCCAUGCAACUUCACUGACCAGACUUUUAGCAUCUGAAACCAUGAACAACUACGCGGUUGAAAGAACUACAGCUUCAACAUCAUCGCAGCAUGGCUCCCCGGACAGCGACAAAUUCUUUCCGGGACCGUACCACCCUCCUUUCCCCUCGCCAACCCCUGAAUCCUCUUCCAAACUCGACAGCGACAGCGAGAGUCUCCUCACAUCGCUGCAGAGGCGUAUCGACGACUGGGCUAAUGCCCCCGGAGGCAUGCAUGUACGGCCCGAGUACUUUGUUUUACGGGAUGAGAAUUCCACGCUUCCAACCACACUUCCAGCCAGGCUUCCAGCCAUGCCGUCUCUGUCAGAGACCCAGGAGGAAGAUUUACAAGUGCUGAAUCUUCCACCCACCCCUGAGGUAUCCCAGGACUCACAACUACCCUCGGGCCAAGGAGAUCCAGCCUCCCCAGACCCUUCUCAACCCGAGGAUACGCUGCUUCCAUCCAGCCAAGGAGAGACUGACACCGGCGCCGAUGAAUACAAUGGAUGGAAGCGCUUCGGUUUCAUCAAAGCGGUGAAAACCGUGGUGUUUCAUCUUUUGAACGCUGCGAUCGGAAAAUACAUGCACGGUAAAUGUUAUGGGUGUAAUAACAACCGUCCUAGUCAGAGAGACCAUGAAUGUUCGGAGCUGCUUCAGAAUGGGUUAUUUGAACGCAAUUACAAGGGUGUAAUGCGACUACUUUAUAACGCACGUUUCUUCGAUGCCGUUCAACGGUUUCUAACCGCUCACAACAUCCACCAAGACAACCACACAGUCAAUGCCGUUGUGCAGGCCUAUCUGUACGAAUUGACGAUGGCCAAGGAGUUAUUUCAUACAAUCCUUGACGGGUAUGAUGAGAUGGUUGAAGAAAACUAUGAAUUAAAAGAUCAACUUGAAGCCAUCACGCGGUACUGGCAGGGAUCUUGA